CAGGAUGGACAGAGUGAACCGGGUGUUGAACGUGGUGAGACGGAUGUCCCCCAGGAAGAGGGAGAGGGGCUUUCAGUGGGAGGCGGAGAGCCCCGAGACCUGUGAGGAAAGCCUCUGCUCCCUGAGCCUCUGCAUCAGUGAUGAUGGCCCUUACUCCAAAGGGAACAAGGACUCAACAGGGCCUGACAAUUCCCUCACCUCCAGAAGACAGAGCAUUCCAGAAGAGCUGCGGGGGGUGACACUGGUGGAGCUGAUUAAGAAGGAGGGCAGCACUUUGGGUCUCACCAUCUCAGGAGGAACAGACAAGGAUGGCAAGCCACGCGUCUCCAACCUGCGACCGGGAGGCCUUGCAGCCAGGAGUGACCAGCUGAACGUGGGAGACUACAUAAAGUCGGUCAACGGCAUUAACUUGACCAAACUGCGGCACGAUGAGAUCAUUAGCUUGCUGAAGAACGUGGGCGAGCGUGUGGUGUUGGAAGUGGAGUAUGAGCUGCCCCCAGCCGCGCCAGACAGUACCUCAGGUGUUAUAUCUAAGACAAUCGAGAUCUGUUUGCACAAAGAAGGCAAUAGCUUUGGGUUUGUGAUGCGGGGAGGCUCUCAUGAGGACUGGCACAAAACUCGGCCAUUAGUAGUAACAUAUGUCCGGCCAGGAGGCCCUGCUGACAGGGAGGGCACACUGAAGGCAGGUGACCGGCUCCUGAGUGUGGACGGUGUACCCUUACACAGUGCUUGCCAUAGUGAUGCCCUUACUGUAUUGGCACAGUGUGGACAGGAGGCCCUCUUCCAGAUCGAAUAUGAUGUGUCCAUUAUGGAUUCAGUAACAAAUGCCUCUGGGCCGUUGCUUGUGGAGAUAGCCAAGUCACCAGGAGCAAGUCUGGGCAUCACGCUGACCUCUGGUACCCACAGGAACAAGCAGGUCAUCGUUAUCGACAAGAUCAAGGCUGCCAGCGUGGUGGACAGGUCAGGAGCUUUGCAUGUAGGCGAUCACAUCCUCUCCAUCGAUGGCACGAGUACAGAACACUGCUCCGUGCUGGAGGCCACUCAGCUGUUGGCCAGCACUGCAGACGUGGCCAAACUAGAGAUCCUGCCUGCUCAUCACACACGGCUGCCCAGCAAAGCCCAGGACACUGUGAAAGUCCAAAAGAGUGACCACCCGCAUUGUUGGGACCCCUGUGUGAACUACUGCCAUUCCCAGCAUCCUGGUCACUGUAAGACCUCCACAUGGACCACCACAUCAAGCAACCCUUCCAGCACUCAGGACUACUGCAAAUCUGUAGUCUCCACUAAUUUCUCCCCCGGCUCCACCACUACAUCAGGCAUGACCAGCCAGUCAUCCAGCACUCUGCCCCGUACAACCCACCCCAUGAGCCCCCGCAACUCCAUGCUGAAGAGGAGACAGAGGAAAAAAGAGCACAAGAGCUCUUCUGUGUCUUUAGCUUCCAGUUCAGUGGGUCCAGGAGGCCAGAUUGUUCACAUAGAGUCCAGCGAGGUCACUUUAAGAGGAGAUCCUCUAAAUGGUUUUGGAGUUCAGCUGCAAGGAGGAAUAUUCGCCACAGAGACCCUCUCUGCACCCCCCCUCAUCCGAUUUAUAGAGCCUGACAGUUCGGCAGAAAAGUGCGGGCUGCUGCAGGUUGGGGACAGGCUCUUGUCCAUCAAUGGUAUUCCCACAGAAGACGGGACGCUAGAGGAGGCCAAUCAGCUGCUUCGAGAUGCUGCACUGACCAAUAAGGUCACACUAGAGAUUGAGUUUGAUGUAGCAGAGUCAGUAGUGCCUAGUAGUGGUACUUUCCAUGUGAAGCUGCCUAAGAAGAGAGGAGUCGAGCUUGGCAUCACGAUCAGUGCCAGUAAAAAGCCGGGCGAGCCUCUGAUCAUAUCAGACAUAAAGAAAGGAAGCAUGGCUCACAGAACAGGGACCCUCGAGCCCGGGGACAAGCUGCUAGCUAUAGAUAACAUUCGCCUGGAGAACUGCUCCAUGGAAGACGCUAUGCAGAUCCUUCAACAGAGCGAAGACCUAGUCAAGCUCAAGAUCCGCAAAGAUGAAGACAACUCCGAUGAACAGGAGACGUCAGGUUCCAUCAUCUACACAGUGGAGCUGAAGCGCUAUGGCGGCCCCCUGGGCAUCACCAUCUCAGGCACGGAGGAGCCCUUUGACCCCAUUAUCAUCUCAGGCCUUACCAAGAGAGGUCUGGCUGAAAGAACUGGAGCUAUUCAUGUCGGGGAUCGAAUCUUAGCCAUCAACAACGUCAGCCUGAAAGGCAAACCUCUGAGUGAAGCCAUCCACUUACUGCAAAUGGCAGGCGAGACUGUCACCCUGAAAAUUAAGAAGCAGCUAGACAUGGCAGACGAGAAGAAGAAAAACAUCGAUCUGGAGAACGACCUGAGUGAUAACGAGGAUUCAGAGAUGACAGACUCACAGAAGACCAAUAAGCUGUCCGAGAUUUAUUCCACCACCAUUCCCAGCGUGGACUCGGCCAUGGAGUCGUGGGAUGGAUCUGGUAUCGACGCUGGUUACGGUAGCCAAGGAGCGUACAUCCACCAGGCAGCGGGCAUCGCCUUACAUCCGCACGAGUGGCGUAGUGCCAAGCAGAGGAACAGCACACCCCCUCCUGCCCGCCGUAAGAACUACCCCUUUAGUGACGGAGGAUUCAGCGAGGAUGACUGGGACAAGCCUGCUGGAUAUGCCAGCCAGACUCACGCCGACAGCAUCAUGCUGGACCACGAGGACAGCUUCUGGUGCCAGGCCCUGGAGGACUUGGAGACGUGCGGGCAGUCAGAACUUCUCCGCGAGAUUGAGGCCUCCAUAAUGACCGGCAGCGCUCUGAGUUUGGGAGUAGAGGGCAGCAAGGCCCACAGUGAGUCGCUCUCCCAGCCCAACAUCAGCCCUCUCAGGAAGAGCCCGCACCUGCACAACGAGACCAAGAGCAAAAGCACACUGCGCAUGUCUGAGAAGACCUGGGAAUCCCGCCGCAUCAAGGAGGAGAUGCAGGAGAUCCUGUCCCCCACACCGCUGGAGCUGCACAAGGUGACUGUGAUUAAAGACCCAGAACGAGAUGACUUUGGCUUCAGCGUGUCGGACGGUUUCUUGGAAAAAGGUGUGUAUGUGAACAUGAUCCGGCCUGAGGGUCCAGCAGACCGUGCAGGACUCAAACCGUACGACAGAAUUCUACAGGUGAAUCAUGUCCGGACGCGAGACUUUGACUGCUGCUUGGCCGUGCCUCUAAUCACAGAAGCUGGUGAUAAACUGGAGCUGGUCAUCAGCAGAAACCCCUUAGCUCAGACCAAUGCUGGUCAGCCAGGUAUGGGUCAGCCACUUGACUGCCAUUCCCUCUCGACCCCUCUAGCCCAUACCCGCGAACAUACGACCAGCACCAUGGACCUGUGACAAUACACCAACCUGGGACUUGAUAGGACAACAAUUAUAAACCAGCAUCACCAAGAACUGUUGGACACUCCAUUCAUAGCAAUGUGAAACAUCAGUGGACGGCGAUGAGACUGUGUGUUCAAGAAAUACAGCAAAAGGUUUAGGCUUCUGUUAUAAGCAGUGAUUUGAGCCAGUCCUCUUAGAGAAACCAAGACUGAGGACCACUGAAAAACAACACAAACGAGAAGUGUGAACAAGGAACUCAACCCAGUCCAGCGCUUAUGGAGUCGUCUGGUUUUUAAUGAAAACAAAUAUUCUUUUCUUGUCCAACAGCAGAAAAAGAGGAAGAACCCUGGAUCUCUUUUCUACUUCAUUGUGAAUAGUGUUAGCAUUUCGGUGAUGUCCGUCCCCUCUCAGAAAACAGAACCUGGUCAUCGAUACUGUUUUCAUUAAAGCGUGUAUUUUUCCACUCUGGCGAAUGGCUGAGUCACCAGAAAAAGGACAAGUUGUUUGGUUGGGCAAGACUGAAAAUUUGUUGGGCCAUGUCCAGCCUGACCCAACCCUGAAAUCAGCCCUGACAGACACACAGUCAGUCACAUACUCUGAGUCUCUCUCUGUCUCUCUCUCUCUCUCUCUCUCUCUCUCUCUCU